AUGUUCAAUGCUACCCAGCAUCGCGGCAAUCCCAAUUUGGGACCCGCUCCUCCUGGACAACCGAACCAUCGUCUUAACGAGAUCAUGGACUCUCUCCGGGCCGAAUUUGAAAACCAAAGUCGCGCGUCCGAGCAAGUCGAGAACCAAGUCGCCCAGCAGAUCCAAGAGAUGGAAUUGAUCCGUAACAAGGUCUACCAGCUCGAACAGAACCAGCUGAAAAUGAAACAAGACUACGAGGCUGAAAUCCGAAUGCUCCGCCAUGAACUGGAGUUGCGUGGAGGACCCCAGGUACAAUCCCAUCUCGCUGGCCCUCCACAGCACGGUGGUCCAGCGCAGGCUCCUCCGUCUCUGGGACAUGGCCAGGGUGGUCUAUUUAGUGGAAUCAUGGCAAACCAAGGUCAGGGCGGACCAGGCCUUGCGCCUCCCCCAGAACAGCCUCCCCAACAACAACACCCCCUACAGGCACCGCCACCGGCGGGACAACCUCAAGGCCCACCUCAACCACCAAAUUCCUUUCCGGGUUAUCAGCAGGGCCCUACAUUGAACGGGUACGCGCCACAGCCACAGCCACCGACAAACUCGCCCGGACUGGGCAAGAAUCGGACAAUGGCAGCCAGAGGCGGUCCUGGACCGGCUACGCCUCAGCAACAUCCCAACCAACCACAGCCGAUGCCCUAUCAGAAUGAUCCUCGGGCCUCGCCUCAGAUCCCUCGACCGACGCCUCCGGGAAGUGACCUGCAACUUGGACCUCGUCAUCAGAUGCCUACCCAAGGACAAUAUCCUAAUGUAGGCAACGUCCUAGCGGACCUCAACCCUGACGAUCUUCCAGACCACUUGAAGCGGACUGGCCCCAAUGGCGAGUGGCAUGCCGUGUUCAAUCCCAAUGUUCCUCGGGUGCUCGAUAUCCAGCUGCUGCACAAUCUGGUCCAUGAGUCCGUGGUCUGCUGCGUCCGCUUCUCCAACGAUGGUAAGUACGUCGCCACCGGCUGCAACCGUAGCGCUCAGAUCUUUGACGCACGGGAUGGGCGCAAGGUGUGCGAGUUGUUGGAUGAGAGCGUUCAGGACAAGGACGGGGAUUUGUACAUCCGUUCGGUGUGCUUCUCGCCUGAUGGUAAGCUGUUGGCCACUGGUGCAGAGGAUAAGAGGAUUCGUGUGUGGGAUAUUGAAAGCAAGCGCAUCCGCACCACGUUCGACGGCCACGAGCAAGACAUUUAUUCGUUAGACUUCUCGCGCACUGGCCGGUUAAUCGCCUCCGGAUCGGGCGACAAGACUGUAAGGCUGUGGGACAUUGAGUCCAACCAGCAAGUUAUGGUCUUGUCUAUUGAAGACGGCGUCACCACAGUGGCUAUGUCGCCCGAUGGGCGAUAUGUCGCUGCUGGGUCGUUGGACAAGAGUGUUCGCGUGUGGGAUUGUUCGAGCGGAUAUCUCGUCGAACGCCUUGAGGGACCCCAAGGCCACAAGGACAGUGUCUACUCUGUUGCAUUCUCGCCCAGUGGACGCGAGCUUGUCAGUGGCAGUUUGGACAAGACGAUCAAGAUGUGGGAGUUGUCGCCACAACGCAGUCUCGUUCCAGGGUCAGCCGGGAAAGACGGCAAAUGUAUCCGCACCUUUGAAGGCCACAAGGACUAUGUGCUUUCAGUUUGUCUUACGCCCGGCGGUGAAUGGGUUAUGUCUGGGUCGAAAGAUCGUGGAGUGCAGUUCUGGGACCCCAACACAGGCAAUGCCCAGAUGAUGCUACAAGGCCACAAGAACUCGGUCAUCUCGGUGGCACCGUGCCCAACCGGUCAUUUGUUCGCCACCGGAUCAGGUGACAUGAAGGCCCGGAUCUGGCAAUACACCACCUGGAGAGGAGCGCACCAGGGCAUCUAG